CUGGGUCUGUUUGUCAGCUAGAGCUGGUUGAAAUGAGAAAGUGAAAGCUCAGAAGGACUGAGAAGCCACUUCCUUUUCAAAAGCUGCUUCAGAGCAGAGUGGAAAGCCCCAGACCCCCGUCCAGUCAAUCCUGACAAUCAAGGAAGCAAAGAGGCAGAAGGGACGGGUCCACGGCUUCUUGGGAUAGGAGAAUCCAUGGAUAAGUUUAAGAUAGUGCUGGAUCUAUACCUCAAGUACCGCAACGCGCUGACCUAUGGCCUGGUGACUCUGCUGACGGCAGGCGGGGAGAAAAUCUUCUCCGAGGUGGUGUUCCAGUGCCCAUGCAGCGAUGCUUGGAACCUGCCCUACGGCCUGGUCUUCCUGCUGGUGCCCGCGCUCGCGCUCUUCCUCCUGGGCUACUUGCUGAGCGCGCGCACGUGGCGCCUGCUCACGGGCUGCUGCGCGCGGAACUCUCGCUCCAGGUGCCUCCUGGGCUGGCGCGGCGCGCUGGUGUGCGCGCAGCUCAGCUUGGCAGCCGCGCUCGCGCCGCUCACCUGGGUGGCGGUGGCGCUGCUCGGAGCUUCCUACUACGAGUGCGCGGCCAGCGGGAGCGCAGUCCUGGCACAGCUCAUGUGCAAAGGCCGCGACCCCAGCUGCCUGGUUCCCUGCGGCAAGGCCAAGGCAUCCGAAGUGCAGGAGCUCCUAAAGCACCUCAGGGCUCAGUCGCAGGUACUGGGCUGGCUCCUGAUAGCAGUUGUUAUUAUCUUUCUUCUAAUUUUUACAUCUAUCACCCGCUGCCUGUCACCAGUUAGUUUUCUGCAGCUGAAAUUCUGGAAAAUCUAUUUGGAAAAAGAGCAACAGAUCUUUAAAAAUGAAGCCACAGAACAUGCAACUGAAUUGGCAAAAGAGAAUAUUAAAUGUUUCUUUGAGUGUUCCCAUGCAAAGGAAUGCAACACCCCAAGCAUUAAAGACUGGCAGCAAAUUUCAUCACUGUACACUUUCAAUCUGAAGGAACAAUACUACAGCAUGUUGCACAAAUAUGUUAACAGAAAAGAGAAGAGCAACAGUAUCAGAACUUCUGAAGGAGAUGCAGUGAUUCCCAUCCUUGGCUUUGUAGAUUCCUCUGUUAUCAGCAGCACUAGUGACGUAUGAACUUACAAAGAAAUAGAAAAUUUUUUUUUCAGUACUGGGGCUUAAUCUCAGGGCCUUCACCUUGAGCCACUCUGCCAGCUCUUUUUGA